ACAUGCCCGGCUAAUUUUUUUUGUAUUUUUAGUAGAGACGGGGUUUCACCAUGUUGGCCAGGAUGGUCUUGAUCUCCUGAUCUUGUGAUCUGCCUGCCUUGGCCUCCCAAAGUGCUGGGAUUACAGGUGUGAGCCACUGCCAAGAGUUGGAAAAAUCUGAUGGGACAAAGACUGGAACAACAACAAAAAAACACAAUAUGAUCACUGAGUGUUCUCAUGGGCACCUGAUGGACCUACACCCUGGGCAGGCAACUCUGACACUGCCUUUACCUUGAGGAGGGCAGCGUUCCUACCAUCCAUCUCCUCUGCAAAUGAACAACAUUGCUGUGGUCACUAUGCCUGUGCAACCGGUUCCUUCUGCUCUGCAGCCAUCAUCCUCAGUCUCAAGAGAUUGCCCUUGAGGGCAGAAUAGUGACUGCUGGGUUUCUGUGAGGCCAAUGCUCCAAGAAAAAGUACAGAUCAUUUGUCUGAUUCUGGUGGUAUGAGAGACCUCAGCUGAUGUAGCAAGAACAUACGCAAGUAAUAUCAGGAAACAGAUCAGGGUCGAAGAGUAAAUAACCUCUCACCAGGUUUGGACAGGAAAAGCUUCAACAGCCUGUAGCAGCUGCCUAGGCCAGGCUCCAUUCCACAAACCUACAGUACUGAAUAUAUCACCACCGCUAUCGCUGCCCUCCAUACCCAGCUAUGGGAGACCUUGUUGGUGUGUUACUCUCUGACUGUGGCAAGAGAAUUGCUUCUAGGUGGCCAUUGCCACAAACUGCUGUGCUUUAGGAUGUGAAAGGAAAAUAAAUCUUGGGACCCCAAAACCACUAAGCCAAAGGGAAAAGUCAAGCUGGGAACUGUUAGGCAAACCCACCUCCCAUUCUAUUCCUCAACAAGAUAGCUACAAAUAUUAAAAAGCUACAUAUGGCCAGGCAAGGUGGCUCAUGUCUGUAAUCCCAGGACUUUGGGAGGCUGAGGCAGGCAGAUCACCUGAGGUCAGUAGUUUGAGACCAGCCUAGUUAACAUGGUGAAACCCCAUCUCCACUAAAAACACAAAAAUUAGCCAGGCGUGGUGGCAGAUGCCUGUAAUCCCAGCUACUAGGGAGGCUGAGGCAGGGAGAAUUGUUUGAACCUGGGUGAUGAAGUGAGCUGAGAUCACGCCACUGCACUUCAGCCGAAGAAACAGAGGGAGACUCUGUCUCAACAAACAAACAAACAAACAAACAAACAAACAAACAAACAAACAAACAAACAAACAAAGCUGCCUACCUCUCUCACAAUUUGCCCACAAGCAAAUUCCUUGUGAAUAAAAGACAGAUUUUAAAGUCAUUCCUCUGCUUAUGGGAGGCAAAUACAUAUCUGAUUGCUUCCUCUCCACUAUUGUUUCACUAAGCCAGAGUAAGGCAUAAGUGACUAUAUCUCUACACUCUUCUCCAGAGUAAAUUGUAUAUGCAGUGAAAGGCAAAUUGUGAGGGAGCUAGGCAGCUUUUCUUUUCUUUUUUUUUUUUGAGAUGGAGUCUCCCUCUGUUUCCCAGGCUGGAGUGCACUGCCAUGAUCUCCUCCCAGAUCAACCUUCUCCUCCCAGAAUCUCAAAAGAAUACAAUCAUUUGUCUCUUAUCUACCUAUGACCUGGAAGACUCCUCCCCGCUGUGAGUUGUCCUGUCUUUCUGGACUGAACCAAUGUACAUCUUACAUAUGUUGAUUAUUAUCUCAUGUCUCCCUAAAAUGUAUAAAACCAAGCUGUGCCCCGACUGCCUUGGACACACGUUGUCAGAAGCUCUUGAGGCUGUGUCAUAGGUGUGUCCUUAUCCUUGGCAAAACAAACUUUCUAAAUUGAUUGAGACUUGUCUCAGAUAUUUUUGGUUCACAGGGGGAGUUCAGCUGGGAGAAUUCUGGCCGCAGCUACAAAUGGCACAACCAUGUUCCCAUCCCCUGAAAGGAAGGUGUGGAGGUGAACUGGCAGAAUAUUGAGCAGUACCCUAUGUAUCCCCAGGACUUGAUCUGUGCUCUGGAUAUAGGUCCUUCUUUGCUUUCUCUUUGGAAGGAAUACCAUCUGCAUAUGAGCCCUUAUGAUACCCAAGACCUGUGGGCAUAGCAAUGUUCCCAGUCCCGGCGCUGGUGCUUUUGACAAGACAUUCCUGGGUAUUCAGUACAUGGAUUUCACCAUUUUAUGCAGAUUUUCCUCCCACAAUAGGUAGAAUCUACAAUUCACAAGCACUCAGCUAUCCUAAAUGAAAUUGUCACAGGGACUGCCAGGAUUCUCACUGGUGAGGUUAUCAUGAACUCAGGUCAUGCUGGAUAACCACACGGCUUGCAUUCUGUUGGCCAGGAGGAGAGUAGCUGCACUGGACACUAUCCCCUGCUGUUUCUGGAUGAACACCUUUGGUCAAGUCCAGAAGCCCAAAGCUACCACGAGAACAUGCCUAAUGGCUCCAGGCUACUCCUCUGUCUGAGCCUUGGGCUCUUUCCUCAGGCUUCACAUGGUCUCCAUGUCCAGGUGGCUCAGGUCUGCACCGUGGACUUUGUACUAUGACUCUAGGCCUCACUCUUUCUGCAGUAUCUUCUCCAGCAUUGCCAACAACCAUUGGAAAUCCCACUGUAAGCCCAGUUGAUUUCAAUUUCUGUUGGGCAGGCUUCUGUUUGAUGAGCCUGUAGGUAAGGGGAUGAACUUUGGAGAACCAUGUUGUGCUGUAUCGGAAGCCCCUGGGGGCUCACUCCAGGCUUUUAGCAAAGAGAUAGCAGAUGGACUCCAGAGAGGGCUCCUUUCCCCAAAGCCUAAAUGACUACCUGGUCUCUACAUGCCACAGGGGCUCCAGGUGCCCUCAGCAUUGCAAGCAACUCCCCCCGUGUCUGAGCUGGGGCCCGUUUUCUUUACUUACAAGAUGAACCUCACAUUUGCCUAUACAAAAAGUAGAGUAGGAAGGUGGGGUUCCCCUUCUGGAGCACUCUGUGGUGUUUCCAGCUAUGCCCUGGUUCCCCGCACCUCUCUCCAAACGAUGAUGAGAGGUUGAACAACUCAAUGCCUCAUUCAGCUUCCACCUUCUGCAUUUUCUCAGAAAAGUAAGGACUUUUCUGAGCCCACACUCAAUGACUUUGUGGUAUUUGCCUUCACUCAAAGCUCAGAUCUCUUGCACCUUUGAGCUCUCUCCUCAGAGCCCUUCUUUUCUCCAUCUCACUAUCUUGGUGAUGGCUUUAUAUAUCAUCUAAAUGCCAAUUCUUUUCUUUUUUUGAGAUGUUUUCUUGCUCUGUCACCCAGGCUGGAGUGCAAUGGUGCAAUCUUGGCUCACUGCAACCUCUGCCUCCGGGGUUCAAGCGAUUCUCCCGCCUCAGCCUCUCAAGUAGUUGGGAUUACAAGCGCCCGCCACCACACCUGGCUAAUUUUUGUAUUUUUAGUAGAGAUGGGGUUUCACCAUGUUGGCCAGCUGGUCUCAAACUCCUGACCUCAGGUGAUCCACCUGUCUCAGCCUCCCAAAGUCCUGGGAUUAUAGGUGUGAGCCACCAUGCCCGGCCCAGACUUUUAACCCUUGUCAUUAUUCCCUAAACAAUACAGCAUAACAACUAAGUACAUAGCAUUUACAUUGUGUUAGGUGUUGUAAGUAAUCUAGAGAUAAUUUAAAAUAAACAGGAGGAUGUGUGUCAGUGAUACGCAAAUAUUAUGUUAUUUUAUAUCAUGGCUUAAGCAUCCGUGGAGGGUUUCAUCAUGUUGGCCAGGCUGGUCUCAAACUCCUGACCUCAAAUGAUCUGCCUGCCUCAGCCUCCCAAAGUGCUGGGAUUACAGGCAUGAGCCAUCGUGUCCAGCCUACAUUCUUCUUUCUUAAAGGUCCUGAUGCAGAGAGUGAGGACAAUUACUUUCUCGAAGGAGGAGGGGGCAAUGAGACUCACAGUAAUAAGAGUGACUAACAUUUGCUGAGCUCUUGCUGCAUGCCAGCUACUGGAUUGUACAUUUUAGGUGUUUUAUUUCAUGCAAUCCUCACUCCUGCCUGCAAGGAGGUAGGUUCUACUUCAUUACCCCAUUUUUUUGGAUGAGCACAUUGAGAUCCAAGAGAAGUCAAGAAAUCCAACCAAAGUCACACGGAUAAGUGGGGGAACUGGAAUUUGAACUCUUGCAGUCUGACUCACAGGGAGACUGGAUAGGUUUAGACUACGCAGGUAAGGUUUUUGUUUUUUCCCCAAAGAGUAGGAGGCAGCCAUGAAGGGCAAAGGAUGAACAUGCUCUCUCACGUGUAAACGAUGAUGAAUCAUUCCUCCCCGUGGGGAUACUGUGGGGAAUAUCUUGGCUCAUGGAUGAGAAGCCCCUCGAAAAGGGCCUGAAGGAAGAGAAACAUGCAAGUAAAUUUCCCUUUAAAGGAGGCUCAGGCUGGGCCAGAGAUCUUACACUCGGGCAUUUACUGCCAUCCUGGGGUCACUGUGCUGUAUGACAUGCUGUGGGCUCCCCUCUCGCUAAAUUCGGGAGGGGCAAGGCUGGUCUCUGCAGUGAAAAAUGGCUGCCUUCAGAACUUGGGUAGGAGCGUGGGAGGAGUUCUCAGGGAAGGCCUGGUGUCCUGGGGGCAAGGGCUGCAGAACCCUGGAGUGGAUUAACUGAUUUAAAUAGUCAGUGCUAGGUUUGGGGACAUAAACCUGAAUGAGAUGCAGGGCUUGCCAAUAGGUAGUAUUAGUGAGACCUUAUUUCAAAAAAAGAAAGAAAGAAAGAAAAAAAGACCAGGCACGGUGGCUCAAGCCUGUAAUCUAAGCACUUUGGGAGGCCGAGGCAGGUGGAUCACCUGUGGUCGGGAGUUUGAGACCAGCCUGACCAACAUGGAGAAACCCCAUCUCUACUUAAAGUACAAAAUUAACUGGGCACGUUGGCCCAUGGCUGUAAUCUGAAGCUGAGGCAGGAGAAUCACUUGAACCUGGGAGGCAGAGGUUAUGGUGAGCUGAGAUCGUGCCAUUGUACUCUGGUCUGGGCAGCAAGAGGAAACUCCAUCUCAAAAAAACAAACAAAACAAAACAAAAAACCUGAGUCAUAAUAAGAAGCCGAACUGUACUGAGCCCUUACUAGAUGCCAGGCUCUCUCUGGGCCGCCUGCUUCACGAGCACAUUCUAUUUAACCUCACACCAACCGAGGAGUCUUGUCAGUGUCUGGGGAACAACAAGACUCCCGGUCCAAUCCCAGUCCUGCCACUUUCUGGGGACUUCACUUACCGGAGCCUCAGUUUCCUCAGAUGUGAAAUGGAGACAGAAUAGAAGAAGACUCCUGGGAUGGUGCAGACCAGAGGACACAGCACAGAGAGCGCUAAGGACUGUAGGUGGCACAUUGUCAGCACGCAGUUUGUGUCCAAGAGACGGGCUGGCAGCUCUGAGCCAAGAGAUUAACCAAGCAGCCAAGUGCAAUAAAAAAGACCUGGGUCCCAGGUCAAUUGUUGUCAGUAAACUUGCUAUGUGACCUUGGUAAGUCAUUUCCCCUCUGUGAGCCUCUUUAGCCAGCCACACAGUGUGGAGUUUGGACAAAAUCACUCAGAUUUUUGGCUAUGGGAGCUACAGAAGAAGAUCUAGAAAGGUUUGCCUCCACCCAUCUCUGAUCCUGAGCAUCAGCAGAAGGAGAGGGUGAUUCAAGGCUCUGUUGAAAUAAUGAUGUGAAGGCCAGUAUGAUCCGUGAGUUGCAGAGGAGUAACUCCCUGGUCUGGGGCACUGCUUCUCAACCUUGGCCACACAGUGGAAUCACCAAGGAGUCUUCAAAGAUGACAGGAUCCAAACUGUGCCUCUGGGGAUCUCUACAGAGGGACCCAGACACCCAUGGUUUUUAAGAGCUCUCCAAGUAAUCCUACUGUGUAACCUCAUCUAAGGCUGAGAAGGAACAUUUGUUUUAUCUUUCGUAUCAACUAAAAUCAAUGAUCUUCUAAAAUGUUCACAGAGAAAGAUCUGAUAUCUGCCACAGGGGCCGGGUAAAAGUUUGACAUAAAAGUCAAGUCAUGGCUGGGAGUGGUGGCUCACACUUAUGUUCACAAAAAGAGUCAAACUGUAAAAUAUUUGAAGAGAAAUAUUCUGAGCUAAAUAUGAGUGACCAUGGUCCCUGACACAGCCCUCAGGAGGUCCUGAGAUUAUGUGCCCAAGGUGGUUGGGGUGCAGAAUUUUUUUUUUUUUUAAGACAGUCUUGCUCUGUCUCCCAGGCUAGAGUGAAGUGGCAUGAUCUUGGCUGGCUGCAACCUCCAACUCCUAGCUUUAAGUGAUUCUCUUGCCUCAGCCUCCCAAAUAGUUGGGAUUAUAGACGCAGAUUAAGAUGCCCAGCUAACGUCUUGUAUUUUUAGUAGAGAUGGGGUUUGGUCUUGUUGCCCAGGCUGGUCUCAAACUCCUGAGCUCAGGUACUCUGCCCGCCUCGGCCUCCCAAAGUGUUAGGAUUACAGGCCUGAGCCACUGCACCUGGCUGGUUUUAUACAUUUUAGGGAGGCAUGAGACAUCAAUCAAAUACAUUUAAGCUGUACAUUGGUUUGGUUUAGAAAGGUGGGACAACUCCAUGUGAGGCUUCUAGGCUAUAGGUAAUUCUUUUUUUUGGUGUUAGAGAUUUUUGAGAGAUCCUUUUUUAUUGCAUUUUAGGUUUUGGUAAUUUUUUUUUUUUUGAGUUGGAGUCUGUCUCUCUGUCACCAGGCUGGAGUGCAGCAGUGCAAUCUUGGCUCAUCACAACCUCCGCCUCAAACAAUUCUCCUGCUUCAGACUCCCGAGUAGCUGGGAUUACAGGCAUGCACCACCAUGCCUGGCUAGUUUUGUGUGUGUUUUUUUUUAGUAGAGAUGGGGUUUCUCCAUGUUGGUCAGGCUGGUCUUGAACUCCUGACCUCAGGUGAUCCUCCCACCUUGGCCUCCCAAAGUGCUGGGAUUACAGGCGUGAGCCACUGCACCUGACCAGCCGCUAUAGGUAAAUUUAAAAAUGUUCUAGUUGACAAUUGGUUGAGUUUGAGGACCUGAGAUCAAUAGAAAGGAAACGUUUGGGCUAAGGUAAAGGAUUAGGGAGACCAAAGUUUUAUUGUGCAGAGGAAGCUUAUAGCUGGCAGGCUUCAGAGAGAAGAGGUUGUAAAAUGUUUUCUGAUGAGACUUAAAAGGGUGCCUGACUCUUUGCUGAUUAUCUCCUGGAUCUGAAAAGGAAAAAGAGAAGGGCGGAUUCUCUACAGAAUGUAGAUUUUUUUCCCCCCCAAGAGACAAACUUGAGGGCAGUUUCAAGAUAUGACAAGGAAAUACAUUUGGGGUUAAAAUAUUUUGAUUUCUUUCCUUAUGUGCUAUGUGGUAUUAUUCUGGAGUGGUAUGAUGAGGCAUGUCUGACACCCACUUCCCAUCAUGGCCUGAACCAGUCUUUAGGUCUUUCAGGUUAAAUUUUAGGAGUGCCUUGGCUGAGGAGGAAGUCCAUUCAGAUGGUUGCGGGCCUUAGAAUUUUAUUUUUGGUUUAUACCUAUAAUCCCAGCACUUUGGGAGGCAGUGAUAGGAGGAUCACUUGAGGCCAAGAGUUUAAGACCAGCCUGGGCAAAAAAGGGAGACCCCUCCAUCUGUACCAAAAGCAAUUUAAAAAUUACAAUUAACUGGGCAUAGUGGUGUGUCCUGUAGUCUCAGAUACUCAGGAGGCUGAGGCAGGAGGAUCGCUUGAACCCAGGAGUGGGAGGCUGCAGUGAGUUUUGGUUGCACCACUUGCACUCCAGCCUAGGUGACAGAGCACGACUUUCUCUUUUUUUAGGCAGGGUCUCUCUCUGUCAUCAGGAUGGAGCGCGCUGGCGUAAUCUCAUCGCGGCUCACUGCAGCCUUCACUUCAAGCCACGCUUCUGCUUCAACCUCCAGAGUAGCUGGGACUAUGGGGCAACGCCACCAACCACACUUGGCUGUUUUUAAAUUUUUUGUACAGACAAGGUCUCACUCUAUUGCCCAGGCUGGUGCUGAACUCCUACGUUCAAGCCAUCCUCCUGCCUUGGCCUCCCAAAGUGCUGGGAUUAUAAGCAUGAGCCACUGUGUCCAGUGUGCCCACUGUGACGUGUCUUUAAAAAAAAAAAGCCAAGUAUCCAUGACAAGAAGCCGAACUUUAUGGAGCACUUACUAGGUGCCGGGUCCUGGGCUGCCUGCUGGGAUUACAGAUGCACAUUACCACACACAACUAAUGUUUUGUAUUUUUAGUAGAGAUGGGGUUUUUUCAUGUUGCCUAGGCUGGUCUUGAACUCAUGAGCACAUUCCAUUUAACCCACACACUAGCCAAGGUAGUAUUAUUGUCCCCAUUUUAUAGAUAUGAGGCAAAAGGGUCAUGAUCCCUGGUCACAUAGGCUCACACAGGCACUAGCACACUGGGGUUUGAAUCUAGAUUAUCUACAUAUUUCACCAUUAGGCUGACCCCAGUGGUCUUCAAUCUGGGUUCCUUGGAGCUCUAGGUUCCUCAGAGGUGCCUGAGGAGCUUGUGUGGGGUUGGAUCAAGCCUGGAAAUCUCUCUCCUUUCCCUUUCCAUCUGGAAAUGACCCUGGGAGCCUCCUGUCAUCUCUUUUCCACAUUGGGUUUGGCAGAGACUCCUUUUGGGGAGAGCAUUCCUUUCUUCACCAAAAGUGUCUUUCAGCUGUAGAAUCCGGGGGUUCCCACUGAAAUCGUCUUUGGUCAUAAUAUCCAGAGACUGGAAACAACCCAAAUGCUCCUUAAUUGGUGAGUAAAUAAACAAACUAUAGUCCAGCUAUGCAGUGGAAUACUCCUCAGCAGUGUAAAGACAGGAGCGACUGAUAGAUCCAAUAAUGCGGAUCAACCUCAGAGGCAUGAUGCUAAGUGAAACAAGACAGACUAAAAGGCUACAGACUAUGAUACCACUUACAGAACAUUCUGGAAAAGGCAAAAUGAUAGGAACAGAAAACAACUCAGUGGUUGCCUGGGGGUAGGGAUGGGCUAGACUACUAAAGAGCAGAAGGGACUUUGGGAGGUGAUGGAACUGUGCUGUGUGUGGAGCAGUCGGGUCACACGGUAUUAGCCAGUGCUCUCUGACAGGUCUCCCCUGCUUCCCUGCUGCUCAGGGACCCUGGAAGCUAAUCCCCAUGGCAGAGGCCACUCUGAGGGAUUAGUGCUGGAGAUAUUAGGCGCCACAUCUGCCGGCCCCUGGAGAGCUUGGUAAAGCCUGUGCCUCAGAGCCCGGGAAGCCAUUCCUGUCCUCUGGAACACAGGGGACUCCCAGAGGCACUGGUCAGCCAAGCUGGGGCCUGAACUGCCCUGUUCUUGCUGGAACCUUCCGAAGAGACCCCUUCCCCCAGGACCUCUUUUUGCCUUUACUCCUCGGACUCAAUUUCCUGCUUACAGGAUCUCCUGCGGUGUAGACCUGAAUCCUUAAGGAGCCAGAAUCUUCCACGCCUUGGAGGGAAUGAAGACCCAGGCUGGCUGGCAUCUCAGCUUGCUGAAAGUGAAGAAGAAGUGGCUUCUCCCAGCCAUCUGCAGCUUCUUCUGCCUGCUCUCCGUGGUCAUGACAGGCUGCUUCCUGUGGCAGUAUCACCUCCCCAAGCUGAAGACUGGUUCUCUGGGACCAGAGGAGACCUCUGCCCCUGUGAGAAUGUGUCCCCGGCAUCCUGAGCCCGUGCCCCUGGUCCACCCACUCCCCGUAUUGAAGGAGGCCCUGGAAAAGGUGGACGGGAUCCUGCGCCAGGCAAUGUCUGCCCCAGGCGUGGCUGCCAUGUCUGCAGUUGUCAUCCACAAUGACACUGUGCUCUGGACCGGGAACUUUGGGAAGAAGAAUGGCUCAGACCCGACUUCUGGGACCCCCAAUGAGUACACCAUGUACAGGAUCUCCAGCAUCUCCAAGAUCUUCCCCGUGCUCAUGCUGUACCGUCUGUGGGAGGAGGGCGUUGUGGCCUCCCUAGAUGACCCUCUGGAGCGGUACGCCAGCGCCUUCACCAUUAACAACCCGCUGGGCCUGGAAUCAGCCCCUGAACGUCAGGGCCUGAGGGACAGGCUGGAGGAGGUGGGCCCUGCUUCAAGGCCUUCACCUGUCACCCUUCGCAGGAUGGCCAGCCAGCUCUCAGGGCUGCCCAGAAGGCUCCGUUCCACUUCACUGCUGUGGAAGGGCAGCACCCAGGAGGCCCUGAACUUGCUCAAGGAUGAUGUGCUGGUGGUGGACCCAGGAACCAGGUGCCAUUACAGCACGCUGGCCUUUUCGCUCCUGGCCCACGUCCUAGCAGCUCACACCGCCCAGGGCGACUACCAGCGCUGGGUCUCAGAGAACGUGCUGCAGCCCCUGGGGAUGGCAGACACCGGUUUCGACCUCACGCCCGUCGUGCGUGCGCGCCUGGCUGCGGGCUUCUACGGCAGCGGGCGGCCGGCGCCGCUCUACGACCUGGGCUGGUACAGGCCGUCGGGCCAGAUGUACUCCACCGCCGCCGACCUGGCCAAGCUGGCCGUGGCGCUCCUGGGGGGCGGGCCCCGGCGGCUCCUACGGCCCGACGCGGCCAAGACGCUGCUGGCGCCGCUGCUGGCCUGCCCGGGCGCCUACUUCGCCAACGAGACGGGCACACCGUGGGAGUUCCACGCGCAGCGGGGCUACCGCGUGGUGCGCAAGGACGGCGACCUGGACGGCUACGCCGCCACCUUCUCGCUGGUGCCCCCGCUGCACCUGGGCCUGGUGCUGCUACUGGCUGGGCCGCGGCCGCCCGGGCCCGACCUGGUGGCGCGGGUCUACGACGAGCUCCUGCCGGCCCUGGAGCGCGCCCUCCGGGAGGCCGAGCCCGGCCCGGCCCCGCCGCCCAACGCGCGCCCCUUCGCCGGCUACUUUACCUUCGCCAACCUGACCUUCUACGAGGUGCGCGCUGGGCCGGCGGGCGAGCUGCGCCUGCGCCAGUUCGGGCCGCGCGUGGAGGCGCUGGUGCCCCCGGCAUUCCGCACCCUAGCGCUGCGCCACCUGCGCGGCCGCGUCUUCCAGCUGCACGUGGCCCGCGAGUUCCCCUGCGCUCUGCCACUUGGCGACGCUUGGCUCUCGCUCGAGGCCCAGCAUGGGCAGCUAGUCAACUUCUACCCCUUGGAUCACCACGGGCUGUCCCCUGGCUUCGACGUGCCCGGCCUCAACACGUACCGAGUGCUACGGCUGCAGCACAAGCCGGUGUUCAAGAUCCAGUGACCCUGGGCUCAGCCUGGAACCCCCUGUCUCUGGCCUUCCAGCUUUCCAGAGUGAGGUUUGGAAGGGGAGGCUGUGGGGAUGCCUGUUAGAAAACCCAGGUAGUUGGCAAGAUGGAGUAGGGUGGUGCUACUCAAAGUGUGGUCCUCGGACCACAGCCAGAAAUUCAAAUUGCUCCACAUCCACAGGGGAGGAAGGAUUAAAUACAGGCAUUUAGAGUAAGCGUUUAGAAACUUUAACGAGCACCCAGUUUAAGCAUUGAAACACUACUUUUGUGCCUGUUGAAUCUAAAGCAAAAUAUGGGCUUGUAUUUUGUCUUUUAAAAAUCAACAUAAGCAGCCGGGCAUGGUGGCUAACGCCUGUAAUUCCAGCACUUUGGGAGGCUUUGGUGGGUGGAUCACUUGAAGUCAGGAGUUCCAGACCAGCCUAGCCAACAUGAUAAAACUCUGUCUCUACUAAAAGUACGAAAAUUAGCCAGGCUUGGUGGUGUUGCCUCUAAUCCCAUCUACUCAGGAGGCAGAGACAGGAGAAUCACUUGAACCUGGGAGGCAGAGGUUGCAGUGAGCCGAGAUUGUGCCACUGCACUCCAGCUUGGGCAACAGAGCCAGACUCUGUCUCAAAAUAAAUAAAUAAAUAAAUAAAUUAACCUAAGUCUGGGCAACAUGGUGAGACCCCAUCUGUACAGAAAUAAAAUAAAAAUUAGCUGGUAGUCCGUUACUCAGGAGGCUGAGGCAGAAGGAUCACUUGAGUCUAGGAUUUGGAAGCUGUGGUGACCCAUGUUUGUGCCACUGUACUCCAGCCUGGGUGACAGAGCAAGACCCUGUGAAAAAGAUAAAAAUCAAAAUCAACCGUAUUGAGUUAUAAUUUACUUAAAAUAAAACACACAACUGGAGUACAGUUGGGUGAUUUUGACACAUAUUUAUACCCACCACCAUAAUAGAGAUAUAGAAAAUUUUAUCACCACCAAGAUUUCCCCCUACUCCUUUGCAGUCAGUUCUCUCUUUCUUUCUUUCUUUUUUUUUGAUACGGAGUUUCGCUCUUGUUACCCAGGCUGGAGUGCAAUGGCGAGAUCUCGGCUCACCACAACCUCUGCCUCCUGGGUUCAGGCAAUUCUCCUGCCUCAGCCUCCUGAGUAGCUGGGAUUACAGGCAUGCUCCACCAUGCCCAGCUGAUUUUUUGUAUUUUUAGUAGAGACGGGGUUUCACCAUGUUGACCAGUUCUCUCUUUCUUACCUAGCCCCAGGCAACUGCUGAUCUGCUUCCUGUCACUAUAGAUUCGCUUUGCCUGUUCUAGAAUUUCAUACAAAUGGAACCAUAUGGUAUAGUCUUUUGUGUCUAUCUUCCUUUGUCAGCACACUGGUUUUGAGGUUCAUCCAUGUCUGUGUGUGUAUGAAUAGUUUACUGUUUUUAGUCUAUUGUUUAUAUAUGCCACAAUUUGUUUAUCCAUUUCUCUGUUGGUGGACAUUUGGGUUGUCUCCAGAUUAGGGCUAUUAUGAAAGAGCAUUUCUAUAUGAGUCUGUGUGUCAAUACAUGCUUUCAUUUCUCUUGAGUAUUUAUCUAGGAGUGACUGAUAUGCAGUUCUCCAAAAUAUGUGUACCAUUUUAUAUUCCUAACAGCAAUAUGUGACAGUUUGGUUGUCCUACAUUUUUGCUAACACUUGGCAUUUAAGUUAGACUUCUGCAUUUUAGCCAUGUUCAUGGUUGUGAAGUCCCAUCUCACUGUGGUUUUAAUGUAUUUAUUGAAUUAUAAAAGCUCUUUAUAUAGUCUGGAUACUAGUCCUUUGUUUGAUAUAUGCAUUACAAGUAUUUCCCCCAGUGUCUGACUUGACUUUUCAUUUUCUUAAUGGUGUCUUUUGAAGAGCAGAAUUUAAAAAUUUUAAUGAUUUUCAUUUCUGUGAAAUCUAGUAUAAAAUCUGGGUAUGCAUUUUGUAUAUAUUUUUUAAAAAGUAAACUUUUGAUUUUGAGAUAAUUGUAAAUUUAAGAUAAUUGUAGAUUCACAAGCAAUUGUAAGAAAUAAUGUAUACUUUACCUAGUUUCUUCUAAUGGAAACAUCUUGCAAAACUCUAGUACAAUAGCACCAGCAAAAUACUCCUAUUAAUACAGUCAAGGCUGGGUGCAGUGGCUCAUGACUGUGAUCCCAGCACUUUGAGAGGCUGAGGCAAGUGGGUCAUCUGAGACCAGGAGUUUGAGACCAGCCUGGGCGAUAUAGUGAGCCCUUAUCUCUACAGAAAAUACCAAAAUUAGGGUGGUGUCUGCUUAUGAUCCCAGCUACUGGGGAGGCUGAAGUGGGAGGAUUGCUUGAAUUCUGGAGGUCAAGGCUGCAGUGAGCUGUGAUUGCGCCACUGCACUCUACUAUGGAUGGCAGAGUGAGACCAUGUCUCAAAAAAAAAAAUAUAUAUAUAUAUACAGCCAAGGUCCAGAACAUUUUCACCGGCACAAAAAUCCCCUUUCCCCUUUCCUAACCACACCCCUUUGGUCCUCAGCCACACCCUCCCCUUAACCUCUGGCAACCACCAAUCUGUUCUCCAUUUCUAUAAUUUUGUCAUUUCAAGAAUGUUAUGUAAAUGAAGUCAAAUAAUAUGUAAGCUUUUGGGAUUCUUUUUACCACUUGGUGUAAUUCUCUGCAGAGUCAUCCAAGUUGUUACAAGUAUCAAUAGUUUGUUUCUUUUUGUUGCAGAAUAGCGGUUCCCUGUAUGGAUACAGCACAAUUUGUUUAACCAUUCACUUGUUGAAGGACAAGUGGGUUGUUUACAAUUUGGGGCUAUUAUGAAUAAAGCUGCUAUGAAGAUUUGUUUAUAGGUGUUUGUAUGAAGAACAUAAGUUUUUAUUUCUCUGGGAUAAAUGCCCAGAAGUGCAACUGAUGGUUUGAAUGGUUAGUUGCAUGUUUAGUUUUUAAAGAAACUGCCAAACUGUUCCCCAGCGGCUGUACCCUUUUACAUUCUAGCCAGCAAUGUGUGCAUGAUUGAGUUUCCCCUAUUUUCUGGCUAGCAUUUGGUACAGUUACUAUUUUUUUUUAUUUUAGUAAUUCUAAUAGGUGUGUAGUGAUGUAUCAUUAUGGUUUCAAUUUGCACUUUCCUCAUAGCUAAUGAAGUUGAACAUUUUUAUAUGCUUUUUGCCAUCUGUAUAUCCUCUUUAGUAAAAUAUCUCUUUAUGUCUUUUGCCCAUUUUCUAAUUGGAUUUUUAAAAAAUUUUUGAGUUUUGAGGGUUCUUUACACAUUUCAGAAACUGGUCCUUUGUCAGGUACAUAGUUUGCAAAUCUUUUCUAGUCUGUAGCUGCUCUUUUCAUUCUGUUGGGUCUUCUGCAGAGAAAAAAUGUAAAAUUUUGAUCAAGUCCAAUUGUGGUAGGCUGAAUAGCGGCCCCUCAAAAGAUGUAUACAUCCUAAUCCCCGGAACAUGUAAAGGUACAUUUUAUGGCCAAAAAAAAAGGAACUUUGCAGAUGUGAAUGCAGAUGUGAUUACGUUAAAGGUGUGUGUGUGUGUGUGUGUGUGUGUGUGUGUGUGUGUGUGUUUGACAGGGUUUUACUCUGUCCCUUGGGCUGGAGUGCACUGGUACAUUGCAGCUCACUCAGCCUCAAACUCCCAGGCUUAUGCAAUCCUCUCACCCCAGCCUCCUGAGUAGCUGGGACUACAGGUGGGCACCACCAGGCCUGGCUAAAAGUUUUGAAUUUUUUUGUAGAGACUCGGUCUUGUUAUAUUGUCCAGGCUGGUCUCAAACUCCUGGGCUCAAGUGAUCCUCCUGCCUCAAGCCUCCCAAAGUACUGAGAUCAUAGGCAUGAACCACCAUGCCCAGCAGGUUAAAGAUCUUGAAAUGAGAAGGUUAUCCUGGAUUAUUGGGAUGGCCCUGAAUGUAAUCGCAAGUAUCCUUGUGAGAGAGAGGUAGAGGAUGAUUCAGUACUGAUGGAAGAUGAAAAGGCAAUGUGACUGCAAAGGCAGAGACUGGAAUGAUAUAACCACAGGCUAUGGAACUCUGUUAGCUGCCAGAAACUGGAAGAAGCAAGGAAUGCAUCCUUUCUUAUAACCAACAAGGGUAGCACAGACCUACUGACAUUUUGAUUUGGGCCCAGUAAUACUGAUGUCAGACUUCUGGCUUCUGGAACUGUGAGAGAAUACAUUUCUGUUGUUUUAAACCACUAAUUUUGUAGUAAUUAUUAUAGUUCCCAUAGGAAAUUAACACACUACUUUAUCAACUUUUUCUCUUCUGGAUCAUGCUUUUGGUGUCAAGUCUGCAAACUGUUUGCCUAGCCCUAGAUCCCAAAGAUUUUCUUCUAUGGUGUUUUUAAAAAAGUCUGUCAUUAUGUGUUUCAUAUUUAAGUGUGUGAUCUAUUUUGAGUUAAUUUUGUAUAAGGUGUGAGGUUUAGGUUGGGGUUCAUGUUUUUGCCCAUGGGAGUCCUGUUAUUCCAGCAUCAUUUAUUGAAAGGGCUCUCUUUCCUCCUGUCUUAGUCCAUUGGUGAUGCUAUAGCAAAAAUACCUGAGACUAGGUAAUUUACAAAAAAUGGAACUUUAUUCCUCAUGAGCUAAAUUUUAUUUAGUUCUGGAGGCUGGGAAGUCCAAGAUCAGGAUGCCUGCAGGUUUGGUUGUCUGGUGAAGAUUGUUUUCUGCUUCCAAGAUGGUGCCAUGCUUGCUGCCUCCUCCGGAGGGGAGGAUCACGUGUCCUCACAUACUGGAAGGCAGAAGGGCAAGCAAGCUGGAUGCUGCAUGAAGAGAAGACUCUUUUACACAGGACUUAAUCCCAUUUGAGCCCUCAUGAACUAUUACCUCUGAAAGGCCCCACCUAUUAAUACAAUCACUUUGGCCAUAAAAUGUUAAUACCUGAAUUUUGGAAGGAACAUGUUCAAACCAUUGCACCUCUGUUGAAUUGCUUUCUCACCUUUAACAAAAAUCAGUUGGGCUAGGCAUGGUGGCUCAACCCUGUAAUCCCAGCACUUUGGGAGGUCAAGGCAGGCAGGUCUCUUGAGCCCAGGAGUUUGAGACCAGCCUGGGUAACAUGGCAAAAUCCAGUCUCUAUUAAAAAAAAAAAAAAACAACCCACAAAAAUUAGCUGGGCAUAGUGGCAUGCACCUGUAGUCCCAGCUACUUGGGAGACUGAGAUGUGAAAGGGUCACUUGAGCCCAGAAAGAUGAGGCUGCAGUGAGCCAUGAUUAUGUCACUGCAAUGCCAGCCAAGGCAACAGAGCAAGAUCCUGUUUCAAAAACAAACAAAAAAAAAUCAGUUGGGCAUAUUUGUGUGGGACUAUUCCUGGGUUCUCUAUCCUAUUUCAUUGAUCUAUGUGUCUCUCCUUCCACCAGGUGCUGUGGUUUGAAUGUAUUCUUUCCUAUACAGCAUAGUCUUGAUCAUUAUAGCUGUAUAUAAAUCUUGAAGUUAUAAACUGGGUAGACUGAUUUCUCCUACUUUAUUCUUUUUUUCAAAAUUGUUUUUAGCCAUUAUGGGUUCUCUGCUUUCCAUACAAAUGUUAUGGAAAUCUUGUCUACAUCUACUACAAAAUAGCAUGCUGGGAUUUUGAUAGAAAUUGUAUUAAAUCUGAAUAUCAAUUUGUGACACUCACGUCUUUUGAGUCUUCCGAUUCAUGAUCGCAGUAUGUUGCUCUUCUGACAUCUUCUCUGGUUUCUUUUAUAGGUAGUUUAUAAUUUUCAGCAAAUAAUUUUAGCAUAUGUUUUGUUAGAUUUAAACCUAAGCAUGUCAUUAUUUUGGAGCAUUUAUAAAUGGUCUUAUAUUUUUAAUUUUACUGGCCCUUGUUUAUUGGUAGUAUACAGAAAGAUAACUGGUUCGUGUGUUAAUCCUGUAUUCUGUGACCUUACUGUACCCAUUCAUUCAUUCUAGGAGUUGUUUCAUUUUCGUUUUUGUUUUUGGUGGAUUCCUUGGGAUUUUUGUAUGCAGACAAUCAUGUCAUCUGUAAAUAUAAAUGGUUUUGUUUCUUCUU